UGAAUGCCCAGUGUGAUGCACAUAAAUCAGAAAUAUCUGCGUCCCUUCUUUUUUUUUCCGACUCCAUCUUCCUUGUUUCAAGCAGAACAAAAGAGAAAAAAAGAUCAUCAUCAAACAUAUUGAAUCAUGACGUCUUCUCCGUCUUCACUUCCUACGCUUCUGCCACCCAUAUCAGCUUUCGCUCACACCCCUCUCAAUUUUACAUCCAGUAAAUCAUGGCAUACUCAUUCACCGCCGGCCCAAAACAACGCAAUCAGUCAGGCUUUUUCUACCCACACGAAUCCCCACGGUAACGAUGCCAUGUCUUUUGCUUACCAUCGCCAUGCAUCCGAGUUGACCCAGUCUCAGGGCCAAACACCAUUACAUCAUCCAACGUCCAUGGCAGGGCUUGAUCCACCGGCGGUGCGUCGCGCCUCCGAUCCUGUCGGGUCGCUGUCACCCAACACCAGAGGCAUGAGUUCUGAAGAAGUAUUGGCGGAAAAGCGACGACGGAACGCCGGUGCGUCCGCUCGAUUUCGUGACCGUCGAAAACAACGGGAAAAAGAACUGCAGGACAAAUGUCGUGUGCUUGAAGACCGCGUCCGAGAACUUGAAGAUGCGUUAAAACAACUGCAGCCGACUCACGCUGUACUUGAUCCUAAUCAUGCAUUUCAACCACAGAUAUCAGGAGCUUCAUCGUGUUCCUCCAUAUCAUCGCAGUCUUCUCACCCCGCUACUACUACUACUUCCUCCUCUUCCACCUGCACGGGUCCCGCUAUCGUAAAACGACAUAACGCACCAUCCAAUCUCGAUGAUCGCGUCUCACAGCUCGAAAACUUGAUGAUUCACUUUCGAGACGAAAAAGAAUCAGAUACUAAAAGAAUGCAAGAACUAGAGAAAGAGAAUGCAUAUUUAAGGUCACUUUUGAUUCCCACGACGACGAUUGUUUCAUCGUCUGUGGCUUUAAAAGCCAUUUCAGCAUCUGCAUCAAUCACAUCAGACCACCAAAGUCUAUCCCCCGAACAACCUACUCACAAACGCCCUCGGCUGUCACUUUCGCCUGUGACCUCUCAAUCUUCUUCUCUCUCAAACUAAAAUAUUCCCCCCCCCCACUUCCUAUCAUUGUAUAUUCGCUUUUUCUUUUUUUUUUUUUUCAUCUGAUGUCCAUAUUCAUUUAUACCAAACCUUCCUUCCAUUUUGUAUUUCUGCCAUUUAUACAGCCGACAAUAGAAACAGUCAUUCCAUGUUUUCCCACAAUCUUAUAACAUAUCACUUGCAGUACGAAUAGUAUCAUCAGGAUAUCUAUCAUCGAUCUAACUUCGCCAAAGGAGUCAUCCCCCAUUGCUGUGCCAUUUACUGGCUAUGUGACCAAAGAGAGAUCUGCAACACUGUGUAAUAUGGUUCAAACCAUGCAACGAUGAAUGUGAAAAUACCAUUUUUAUGAAACCUUAUAUUCGCGACAAUUCAUGACCUAUUGAAAGAAAAAUAAAAGAGAAAA